AGAAAUUAAAGUGAGAAACUUGUAGGCACAUCCCAUCCAAGAUAUUUGUACCUUUUGUGGACAAAAUCGUCAUAGAAAAAAAAAAUGAAGUUGGUAAUUUUGCUACGAAAGAGAGGCCUAUUGGGAGCUCUUCUUAUAGCAAACAUUCUCAUGGCGACUCGCAUUGGUCUCUCUCGGUCAGUCCACCCUCUCCUUAAACGCACACCUUUUCGUCGUCGUUUCUUCUCUUCUCCCAAAUCCAAUCAUUUCCCAAAAUCCCAUUUCUGCCCUCUCUGGUCUUCUUCCUUCUCUCUCUGCCUCCACAAAUCCGCCAUAACCACUUCUUCUUCUUCUUCUUCUUCUUCUUCUUCUCUCUCCUUCUCGUGCUCUUCGUCUUCCCUCUCUCCUCCAUCCAUGGCUGCCGCCGCCGCCGUCGCCGAUGACGCUCUCUUCCACUCCAAUCCGCUCCUUCAGGACUUCGACUUCCCGCCGUUCGACGCCGUCGAAGCCUCGCACGUGCGCCCCGGGAUCCGCGAACUACUGAAGAAACUCGAGGAUGAUUUGGUGGAGCUGGAGCGGACGGUUGAGCCGAACUGGCCGAAGUUGGUCGAGCCGUUGGAGAAGAUCGUUGACCGGUUGAGUGUUCUCUGGGGGAUAGUCAACCAUCUCAAGUCCGUCAAGGAUUCCUCCGACCUUCGUUCCGCCAUUGAAGAAGUCCAGCCCGAGAAAGUGAAGUUCCAGCUUAGGUUGGGACAAAGCAAACCCAUCUAUAAUGCGUUCAAAGCUAUUCGAGAAUCUCCCGAGUGGGAUACGCUUAGUGAUGCAAGGAAACGUAUUGUGGAAUCCUCAAUAAAGGAAGCGGUUCUCCUUGGUGUUUCUCUUGAAGAUGAUAAGAAAGAGAUUUUUAACAAAAUUCAACAGGAACUGGAAAGAUUGUCUCAAAAAUUUGAGGAGAAUGUUUUAGAUGCCACAAAAAAGUUCGAAAAAUUAAUUACUGAUAAGAAAGAAAUUGAGGGAUUGCCAGCUACUGCUCUUGGGAUGGCUGCACAAACAGCCAUUUCAAAGGGGCAUGAAAACGCUACUGCUGAGAACGGGCCCUGGACAAUCACUUUAGAUGCUCCGAGCUUUUUGUCUGUCAUGCAACAUGCUCGAAACCGGUCAUUGCGCGAGGAAAUUUACCGUGCUUAUGUUACUCGUGCCUCUAGUGGGGACCUAGAUAAUACAUCAAUCAUUGAUGAAAUUUUGAAGCUUAGGUUGGAAAAGGCCAACAUUCUAAAUUACAACAACUAUGCUGAGGUAAGCAUGGCAACCAAAAUGGCAAAUGUUGAAAAAGCAGAAGAGCUCCUAGAAAAGCUUCGCAGUGCGUCUUGGGAUGCUGCAGUUCAAGAUAUGGAAGAUCUUAAGGAUUUCUCCAAGAAGCAAGGUGCAUCAGAAGCUGAUGACUUGAACCAUUGGGACAUUAGCUUUUGGAGUGAGAGGCUUCGUGAGUCAAAAUAUGACAUCAAUGAGGAAGAAUUACGUCCUUAUUUCUCCUUGCCAAAGGUUAUGGAUGGCCUUUUCAACCUUGCCAAGACACUUUUUGGAAUUGAAGUUAAACCGGCUGAUGGUCUGGCUCCAGUGUGGAAUAAGGAUGUUAGAUUCUACUGCGUGAAAGAUUCUUCAGCUAACCCUGUUGCAUACUUUUAUUUUGAUCCUUAUACUCGACCCUCAGAGAAAAGGGGAGGUGCAUGGAUGGAUGAGGUUGUUUCUCGUAGUCGUGUUUUGUCACGGAAUGGUACAUCUGCACGGUUGCCUGUGGCCCACAUGGUGUGCAAUCAAACACCACCAGUUGGGAACAAGCCAAGCUUAAUGACCUUUCGUGAGGUAGAGACAGUCUUCCAUGAAUUUGGUCAUGCACUUCAGCAUAUGCUGACUAAGCAGGAUGAGGGUCUAGUUGCCGGUAUUCGAGGAAUUGAAUGGGAUGCUGUUGAAUUGCCUUCACAGUUCAUGGAAAACUGGUGUUAUCAUAGGGAUACUUUGAUGAGUAUAGCAAAACACUAUGAAACUGGUGAAACUCUUCCUGAAGAUGUAUAUCUGAAGCUUCUUGCGGCUAGGACUUUCCGUGCAGGGUCCCUAAGUCUUCGUCAGAUAAGAUUUGCGAGUGUGGAUUUGGAGCUGCAUACAAGAUACAUUCCUGGUGGUUCAGAAUCCAUCUAUGAUGUUGACAGGAAGAUUUGUGAAAGAACACAAGUGCUCGCGCCCCUUCCAGAAGACAGGUUCCUGUGUGGUUUCAGCCAUAUAUUUGCAGGUGGUUAUGCAGCUGGAUACUACAGUUACAAGUGGGCCGAGGUGUUGUCAGCAGAUGCUUUCUCUGCAUUUGAGGAUGCUGGAUUGGACGACAGCAAGGCUGUCAAAGAAACAGGGCAGAGGUUCAGAGAAACCAUUCUUGCUCUUGGAGGCGGAAAAGAACCACUAGAGGUUUUUGUGGAAUUCCGAGGGCGCGAACCUUCACCAGAGCCACUACUCAGGCACAAUGGCCUCCUACAAGUUGCAACCGCUUGAUUUUUCAAUCAACUGCUCGAUGGGGAUGCGAAUUGGAGCUGCAGGCUUUUACAUGAUGUAAAUUCUCCGGUGGGAGUGAAGUUAAUUUCGACUGCUUUGGGCAUAUCCCCAUGAGGGAUUGGUGGCAAUAACUGCCUGGAAAUAAUAUUUUAAGAACUUGGAAGAACCAUUCAUCAUUCAUAACAGGUUGCCUUACAGUGUUCAAGUAAA